AAGGCUGCAUUUGAGUUCAACUCAGGUAGAUAGAUUGAUUUUCGGAAGUAGCUGUGGGCUAGAUUUUCAUGUGCUGUAGUUAGAUUGCUAGCCAACGUGCAUAGCAUCUCAGUCUCAGCAUGACAGCAUGCGACAAAUUCGCAGCUGGAUUUGUCGAUCUUGCAGCCAACAUCUCGGACCUUGUGGUGACAUGUGGCAACCCAGAUGCAGGUGAUGAAAAGGCCAUUGUUGGCAGCAACAUGCAGCAAAGCCUCUACCUCUUUGUCAUUGUUGUGCUGGCCGCCGUCUGUCAUCUUGUGGCAACGUAUCGCAGCAGUGAGUCAGGCGGCAAAGAGCCAGUUGAGAAGGAUCUUUGGCACAUUUCAGGUGCGGACUACGACCUCAGCGCCUUUGUGAAGCAGCACCCAGGUGGACCAAUUGCGAUUGGGCUUGGCCGUGGCAUCGAUUGCACGCAGCUUUUUGUGACGUACCAUGCUGCAGGCAGUCCGGCCCGUGCUAUCUUGGAGAAGUAUCGGGUGAGCUCAAAAACAGCGGAACUCCAAGAGUCGGAGUUUCACAAGGCACUAUGCCAGACGGUGAAGGAUCACUUUGCCGGUCAGGGCAAGUGGGCUCACAAGGCAUCCUAUUCCCAUUUGGUGUUGUUGGCAGCAAUAAUGCUGGCCAUGAUUGCUUCUUGGUGGGCCUGGUUCGCUGGGUAUUGGUUCAGUUUGCUGACCUUGCCCAUCUCUUCCUGGCUUGUCUUUGCCAAUGGUGUUCAUGAUGCUUCGCACUUCGCUGUGACUUCAGUAGCAUGGGUCAACCAUGCGAUGACAUUCCCGGCCUUGCCACUCUUCUCAAACCCAAUCACAUGGUACAGCCAGCAUGUCGUGAAGCAUCACUGCCAUUGCAAUGAAGUGGAUGAGGACGUGGACCUCUACCACUUGAUGCCGAUACGUCUUCACAAGCAUGUAGACAGCAUUGGCGGGAUGGGCCAUCUAGCAAAAGCAGUCCUUACUGGAAUUCAUCUAGGAAUCGGAGUUCCACUGAACUGUCUCACAGGUGUUCUCGAGAAUUUGCCAGAUGGCUUCAUCCAUGGAAAUCGUAUCAAGCUUCUCCGCGUCUUCAGCGAGAACCCCUUGCACUACCUCAGCGUGUGGAUGGGCGUCUUGGGUGCUUUUGGGUUCUCCGUCACGUCUUUCUUCGUCCAUGACACGGUCUUCAAGAAAGUCUGCUUCACAGCAGUUCCUUAUGUGAUCGCAUCGCUCUUGUUCAUAGUCUUCACGCAGGUCUCUCAUAUCCAGGAGGCAUGCCAAGCGGACAGGACUCUUCAAACAGAUGACUUCUUCAAAAGGCAAGCCCUUUCGAGCCUGGAUUACAGCGUUGACAGCAAGCUAUGGAGCAUCCUUUCCGGCGGCGUCAACAUGCAGUCUUUGCAUCACUGCUUGCCUUGGGUGAACUCAUGUCACUACACUGCCUUGUAUCCAAAAUUCCGUGAGAUAUGCAGGCAGCAUGAAGCAGUGCCGCCACAAGUGGAGAACUUUCCAGAGGCACUGAGCAUGGCUUACAAGUACAUCGUGAAAAUGAAUUGCCCAUGAGGAGAAGAAUUGCUGUUCAAAUAGUCUAAUUACUGACCUGGCUGUGAAACAACAGGCCAGAAGUCAAUGCGCAGUCUCACCGCCAUCUCUUAGGGGAGUGUGGCAUAUUUUCCAUUUUGCGUUCUAACACGCACGCACAGGUGACACGCACGGCUUGUAAUGUUUGCGUGCAGCUAGCAGUUUGACAAGUCGUCGAGCAAAUUUUGGAUGACUGACUUCU